AUAUUUUGAAAUUGCACAUCAUUGAUUUUAACGUAAAAUUGAAAAAAAAAAUUUAUGUCUGUUAUAAUUCCAAAAAAAUGCCACCAAAGAAAAACAAAAAGACUUCCCUUAAGGAAGCACCUCCCGCUAGUGAUAAGCCACUGCCACCCAAUAUAUUUCUAUAUAUACAGCUGGCCGGCGUGCAUACACUGCCCAAUAUAAUUGAUCCAUUGGAAAUACAUUUGGAUCAAGGCGGCAGUCUUAUUCUCAAAUGUGUCGAACAAUAUAAUACCGAAGGAGUCAUAGCACAGGAUGAGUUCUUUCUAAAGCCCACAUAUACAUUGGUAUUCCAGCAGGACAAUCUAGAUCGGAUCAAUCAUGCAGCCGACAAUCCAUUAUUGAUCAAGCUUUAUAUGCGCCAAACCGAUGAACCGACUAUCUACGAUGAUGAGGAGGCUGAACUGGAAGCGGAGACAUCCGACUUAUUGAAUUUGCUAAUAGAAAAAAUCGAUGCGAGUCCCAAGGAAGACGACGAAAAUACUUAUUAUCAGCCUAAAGUCGAGAUGAUCUUAAUGUGUGUGGGUUAUCUGGAUAUAAUUAAGGUAUUCGGCCAUCAUCGUUGUAUGCUGCACGAAGAACUCUAUCUCUAUCCAGUGCCCGAUUGCCCAACUAAAUGGCGUCACACAGUAAAAACUGAGUGGCACCUGUAUACCCUUGUGCCCAUUGUCAAGGAAGUCUCCUUCACCAACAUGGCCUUCGUGACAUUUGAGUCGAUCUAUAAUGUGAAGGAAGAUUACGUCAUUGAUACGGAGACUAUGAAUGUACAGUUGAGCUUUCGUUCCAUGCAACCGGUGGAUCGCAACGAAUAUCACGUGAUACCCUGGUGUAGCUUUAAUACAUUCAAAGAAUGUUGCAUCGCUGAACAGGUAAAUCAUCAUGUCUUCGAAUACUUUCGCCAAAGUGUGCCCAAUAGCAACUGCAUUGGACUCAAAUCCAACAUGGACGUGGAAAUGCAUAAGCUAUUUCACAACCUAAUGCGAUCGGACAAUACUAACAUUGAUUUCGAUGCGGUCAAUAUUAUCGAGGAUCAGGCUCUGGUCUGCAAUACAUUCCAUCGUUUUAUACUCACCAAGAAUAUGUCGGAUAUACUGUACGCGGCGAUCGCCCGGCGGCGAUAUAUUAUCGCUGUCGAUGUCUUCAGUAUGACCCCAACGGAAGGCAAACGUGGGGUCAAGGCAUUGAUCAAUAAAAAAGUAUUCUCAGGGACACUGGAUCCAGCCAUUCUACUCUAUCCCAAUAUACACGGAAUGCGCUUUGCCGUGGAGCUGAAAUACUUGGGCGUAAAAAAAAAGAUGAACCAAGCCAAGUCCAAGCAGCCAAGCAUAUCAAGUGUGCGUAAUCGAGAUACUCGAUUUAAUAAUCAGAUAACCAAUGAAACCUCGACUUUUGCUAUAAUCAAUUUAUGCCUAUUGGCGCCUCUGGGACUGGUGUACGAGGAGCUGAAGGGUUUCCGCGAGAGUUUCAUUAGCCAAAAUCGUUUGCUCUUCUGCAAGAAUAAAAUAACCGUAGUGGACUCAUUGCCAUUGGCCGAUAUACAACGGACGGCGUACACACAUUUCGAUACAUUCAUGCGGGACACUAUCUGCUAUAUAGUCGAAAAGCGGAUAUUCAACGUGCAGCAGAAACGGAGUCACUUCUGUUGCGCCGUGCAGAACUUGACCAACAUAUUGCUGAAAGUCGUUGGCAGUGACUUCAAUAUGCGCGUGCGCACCACCACGAAUGUCGAGUUUUCAAAUCUAUGCGUCAUCGCGCACAAUGAGCUGGAGCAACGCAUACACAAUCUGCUGGAGAAGAUCGAAGACGAGGGCCUCGAUGAGCUCAUUGUGGAUAGAACUGCUAAACAGGAUUGUCUCAUCGAUCAUUUGAAUUCUAUCAAAAUUUUGACCGCCGUCGGGGACCUUCGUAUGGCCAAUCUGUUCCAUGACAAGAUGGACGGCUGGAUGUCUGGCCAUUUCAAUGACAAACUAUUCGCAACGCGUCCAGAAAACUCAAAUCAUUUUCAGAAUCUGUUUGAGUUCUAUGAUUUGGUGUCCAAAGUGGAGCGUGGCGAAUAUGCAGCAGCUCGACGCUACUUCAAGGCGGACCGCGUCUCAUCGAUUGGGCACGAGGCAUAUGUGGGGCUUAUACGCAUUUACCUGGACUAUGUGGCCACACGAGAUGAUCCCGAUCCGAAGGUGUCCGCCAAUGCCAAUGAGUGUCUAUUGAAUUGCCUAACGCUCUAUGCGGAGCACCGCGAGUCGGAACAGAAUGGCUGGAUAUUGCUCUAUUGCUACUACAGGAGAUUCAACUAUGCGCCUGGUUAUUCCUACGCUAGCUGGCAUCUCGACAACUUUGUGAAGGAAGUAAAAGGCCACAGUUCGCCGGCGCCGUAUAGCCUUUGGGGCAUAUCGCUAAAUAUGAAUCCCAGAUUUGAGCACAACCGAAGCCAUACGUUUUUCGACUGCAUUAGGAUCUUUGUGCGUCUGGGCCUGUACGAGUUCGCUCAGGUGAUAUGGGAGGAAGUGCGGAGCGACUGCAGCCAAGCGCAAAACUAUAUGAUAACCACACAAUUAAAGAUCUUGCUCGAUCAACUGCCAGACGACUUCGAAACGAAGACAUUCACAUUCGAGAGCACCGAGGACCAGGAGGAUCAGCUGGCCAAGUUUAAUGCCCAGGUCAAUGGCAAUGUGGAGUAUUAUCGCGGUAAUUUCGAGCUCGCUGCCGAGUUCUAUGCGGAGACUCUGACAGACGAACAUAUUUUGCCCCGGGAUAAUUUCAUGCUCAGCAAACUGCACCUGGCCUACAUCGCCUUUGAGUCGGGCGACUAUCAGCUAACGAUCAAUGCACUGAAUAUGCCCAAAGUGGGCAAGCUGAUGCCACUGGUCACCUCCUAUCUAAUGGGCAAGGCCUACUAUAAACUGGAGGAUUACUCCAAGUCCAUGGAGUGUUUUAUCAAUUGCACCAAAUUUGGUGAACAUGUUCCCGAUGUCUGGGGCUUCCUGGCGCUGCUCAAUCUUCAGAUGAACAACAAUAUGAAUGCCAUCUCAUGCUGGAAAUAUGCUAGAGCUGAUCCCAUCAGAAACAUCACAGAUGAGCUCAUCUACACCGAGCUGGACUUGAUCGAUAUUGACAGCGUGGAUCUAUAUAUAGAUGUGCCCAGUCCCAAUAAUAGCAUCUCGUCUUUUCAGGGCGACGAAGAUGAAGAUUAGUAUCGUACGUCAUGUCCCAUCAUAUUUAAUUGAUGGCAAAAGCUGUGAAACAGAAAACACAUUAAAC